UUACAUCCCAUCAUUCGGAUCUUCAUUUUUCUUCAUCUUCUGCUCAUCAUCCGACGUUCUUCAACCACAGCUCCAUCCCUCCGCUCCAUUCUACUCGUCUCUUUUCUUCUCCGCUCCCUUGCAAUCCUCAGCGUACUGCAAAUCCUCUCAUAUCAUCCCUGCUUUCGCACGCGUAUCAGCCCAGCUCAACAUCGUAUCUCACCCCUCGCCCUUGAACAAGCCCUUCCUUGCAAGUCAUCUUCCUGUCACAUACCCGCUCGGUAGUCCUUACCGUUUGUCCGAACUGUUGACCUAGUGGCAGCGUUCUUGACGAUCAAGAACCAAUUGAAAGUAUAACCCAGGCCGUUUGAUAUUGCAACAUGGCCCUCGAGAAUACCGUCGACGUCGAGCAGUCGAUCCCACACCCGUACCAGUAUUCGAGCCCAUAUUACCUGACCAGCACCGCAAGCACCAGCACGAGCUACAACAACUCCUCCACGGACUUACAUCUCCAGCAGGAAGAUCAGGACGGUGUCACAGGACAGGACGUGCUAGCGCGCCCAGUAGGGAUACACUCUCUCAAGCCCUCACUUCUGCGGUAUAUCUUCUCGUUCCUCGCAGUCAAGCAUUACGACUAUCUUAACCACCGUACGCAUAUUCUCUACAAUCAUCUGGGACCAGCCAGUCUGGUCUGCAAGACCUGGAACAACAUUGCAUCGCCUCUUCUCUGGCAGGAACGUACAUUUCAUGGAUGGAUGGCUGGCGAGGAGCUCAACGUCUUCUUACAGCUGACCGAGAACGCUGACUUUUCCUCAACGCACGAGUAUGGCGAGUUUGUCAAACGCAUCGAGAUCAUUGACUCGCAUGACGUCGUCGAUAAGCAGAAUGGCGAGUUUGUCAUCAACUGGAUCACGCCCGACGUUGUCUUGGCCCUGUCAGAACACUGCUCUAAGCGACUCUGUGAUCUGACGCUCAUCUUUGCCACUGGGCGUCAGGUAUCGACCGAGACCGAGGAAGGGUUGAUUCCCUGGGGCGCACUCGCAGAGUCUUGUCGUCGACUGUCUGUGCUUUCGCUCGCCAACUAUCUAUGCCCAAUUUUGCCUAUAGGGAACGGUCAUCCCUUUCACAAGUUUUCAACACAUACGAAUCCCUUGACGGAACUUGUCCUGAAGAGAUGCAAGAACAUACCGACCGAGACCUUCCAGCAACUUGCUCGAACCUGCGGUAAAGCGUUGACCAAGCUGGUGUUGUUGGAUUCGGACGAGGGCCUGGGCAUCGAAGAGAUGACCGAGUUUGCGCGACACUGUCCUAAUCUGCGCCAUGUGAGCGUAUCCUGGAUCGAGUCUGUAACGCCCAAGAUCAAUGACGAUGUUCUGCUGGAACUGAGCUCAAACUGCGAACGGCUCGAGUAUAUAUCGCUUCUGGAUGCCAACGAGAUUUCAGACGUGUCCUUCCAGACACUCUCCAAGUUACGGUACUUGCGCAACCUGAUCCUGCCGCGAGCAGGGACGACUCAAAGCGGGAUGGCCUACGAGCAAGAGUCGCUGAUCGCGCUGGCAAAGAGCUGUAAGCGGUUGGAGCAAUUGCAUUUGGUGGCCCCGGGGGCAGUGACCAGUCGAUUCUUUGAGGCGUUGCUGUACUGCCCGCAUUUGCAGGUGUUGGUGGUUGUCGAGCUGAGCAAGGGGCUUUUGAUUGAUCAACGGUUCAAGUCGCUAGGUCUUGCCAAAUAUGUCGAUCCAGAGUCCGUAGAAUCAUACAAACUUGUAUGGCACAAGAAAACUUGAAGGAGCGACGCAGCAGACUGGUUGAGAACACACUGCAUGCUGCGCCGACGCAUUUGGAGCACAUUAUCUUUCAUUCUUUGCCGUUUCUUUUUCUUUCGAUCUCUUUAUAUGGAUUAGAUAGGGAAGACAGCUAGACCGGAAGGGGUGGGAUAGCACAGGCUUGAAUGGAGUAAUUUGCAUUCAUUCCAACAACAUCGCAGCCAACUCAUUAUAGAUACAUUCGGCCAAGCGCAUUUAUCCUUUGGUAGUGUAGUGCAGAGCGUCAUUCCAAUUCUCUUUUCGUUCUUUAUCUGACAUUAAAAGGUAGUUGAAGCCGAG